AUGAUCCUGCCCCGCCAAGCACCUGCGGGCGACCCGGCCUUUGAGAGCGACGACGACUAUGUCUACGACUCUUUCUGGUUCUCCCAGACCGGUAUAAUCAUCAAAUAUGUCAUCUUUGGCACCUUCCUGUUCCUCUUCUUGCUCUGGUUCAUCGGUGGCUACUACCACGCCCAGCAACGGAUGAAGAAGGGCCUCGCUCCCUUGGCCUACCACAAGUGGCUCGUUCCGAGGUACCAGCGGGCUCGCUUUGAACCGCAACUUCAAGGCGUAGUCUACUACCGGUAUCAUGGCCAGCAGCCGCAAUACUAUGCUCCUGGCCAGAACGGCUAUCCUAUGCAGGCCUACCCAGAGCCCCCGCCACUAUACAGCCAGGACAUGCCGCCUACCUACCAACCGCCUCCCGGAGCCUCCAAGGUUGAUCCCCAACAACAAUACGGACCCCCGUCCCCGCAGUACGCACCGCCACCAGGACCACCACCUUCCAGUUCCCAGGCACCACAGGGUCCUCAGCAGACUGGUGUUGUCAGUAACGAGCCCACCGCCCCAGCGCAGGCGCAUCACACGGGGAGCUCGAACCCUUUCCGACUUUAA